UGCUUGUUUUUGUCAUUGACGUUGUAGGUUGGCAACAAAACAAGAUCUCAAGCUAUUGACUAGAGAAUAUCUCAUAAUAACGAGAGGCAUUAAAAUGAAUUCCGACUCAAGUUCUCUGUCUAGCAGAGCUUCUUCGCCAGACGUGGACGAUAUUUAUUUGCGAAACCAUCUCCAGCACCAGGACUCCAGGAUGAACUCAGUUUCUUCCACGCAGAGUGAUCUGCUCCAGCAGCUCGCCAACGAACACAACAUCACAGCCCUCAGCAAUGUAGAUGAUAAGUCGGGGGGCAAGUUCAAAGUGAAAAAGCUCCUCUCGGAACAAGACCUGCAGAACCUCCGGUUGAAGAUCAACGGGAGAGAGCGCAAGAGGAUGCAUGACUUGAACCUAGCGAUGGACGGUCUCCGGGAGGUCAUGCCUUACGCCCACGGACCGUCAGUGAGGAAACUUUCCAAAAUUGCUACUUUGCUGUUGGCCAGAAAUUACAUCCUGAUGCUGUCGAACUCUCUGGAAGAGAUGAAAAGACUAGUGGGGGAGAUUUAUGGCGGGCACCAUUCUGCUUUUCACUGCGGGACUGUUGGACAUUCUGCCGGGCACCCGGGACACCCCACAUCUGCCCACCAGAUCCAUCCCAUAUUGAGCAGCGCCUUGACCUCUUCCCCUUCAUCGAUUUCAGCUUCGCUGCCGGGGAUCAGCGCGGUAAGGCCCCCUCAUUCGCUGUUGAAAACGUCUCAGGUGCCCCCUGCACCGUUAGGUAACACCUUCCAACACUGGGCAGGUUUACCGUGCCCUUGCACCAUCUGCCAGGUGCCACCGCCACCGCACAUCUCAGCCCUAAGCACAGCGAGCAUGGCAAGGCUCUCUACAGAUGGUAAAGACUUAAUGAAGUAAGGUCUAAUUUUGCCAGCGGUGAUUGUUAUUACACAAAAAGACGCCUUGUUGCAUAAGAAGACUGAUCUUAUGCUGCGUUUUUUUUAAAGAAAGACUAUCAGCUAACUCCAGCGACCAGAUCUGAUUGCAUGCAUGCUUGAAGUUUUUUUUUAUAAAUUGUGAAUUUUCUUUUUCCGAAACGAUAUCUCGUGUAGCCAAGCAAGUUAUGAAAAAAGGGCAUUUCCUUGUAACAAGGAUUUGGCACUUGAGUAUUUAUUUGACUGUAUAAAUAACUACACGUGGGAAGAAGCAUGGGAAACAGUGCAAAUAGAGUAAGAAAGUGUGUGUGUGAGAGAGAGAGAGAGAGAGAAAGAGAGAGAGAGAUAGAGCGCGAUAGACAUAGAGGCAGUGAAAGAGAGAGAGAGAGAGAGGGAGAGGGAGAGAGACAGAGAGAAACAGUGAGCGAGAGAGGGAAACAGAGAGCGAGAGAGAGAGAGACAGACAGAAUGUGAUUUUGUCAUUAUUAGAAUCCCAAUAGCGCCAGAGGUAAUGAGAUUGCUGAAACGUAGUUAUUAGCGGAGGUGUGUCUGUGUUGUCCAUGUUGCUUGGACCUGCAUGGCCUGUGCAUACAAAUUUGUUGUAAAAUAACUCACUCGUUCUCCAACAUUUGCUGCAACGAUUUUGUUACACAUCCAAGACAACACCCGUAUCUUUUAUUUUUGUAUUAUCGCGAUGAUUUAUGGAUAUAUUUAUUAAAGCCCAGUGUCCUUGAA